AUAUGUCGUACUAUAAACGUACCUCACACAUGACGGUCAUGUGACAAACUUACGAGUCAUGUGACUGAUAGAACUCGUGAUUAAAAUCGCUUUAUUUAUGUGACAAUUUUUAUCAUUUCGUAUCACUUUGUGUUGUGAUCUCAUUCCAGUCAACAUGAAGGGGUUAGUGUUGCUAUUGUUUGUUGGUGCAGCCUGGGGUUACAGGUUUGACUUCCAUGAUGACUACUUCAGUGAGGCCUUUGUCAACUACCACAACAGUCGGAAUGAUGUCUCCUGGAAGGCAACAACAGAAAACUUCAAAAAUGUGCCAUAUAAGGGAAGGAUGAAUUACAUCAAGAGUCUGUGUGGUGUUAAACCCACCCCACCUCAUAUGAAAUUUCCAACUAAGGAUAUCAAAGUACCCAAAGAUCUGCCGGACACAUUUGAUGCACGUACGCAAUGGCCUAACUGCCCCUCACUUAAAGAAGUCAGAGACCAGGGUGCUUGUGGCUCAUGCUGGGCAUUUGGUUGUGUUGAGGCUGCUACAGACAGACUAUGUGUCCAGAGUAAUGGUCAGGUAAACGCUCAUCUCUCUGCUGAAGAUCUCACAUCUUGUUGCCGUACCUGCGGAAAUGGUUGUAAUGGUGGUUUCCUUGAAGGUGCCUGGAACUACUUGAAACGUGAUGGUAUUGUAACAGGGGGACCAUACAACAGCAAAGAGGGAUGUCUACCAUAUGAGAUUAAGGCUUGCGACCACCACGUUGUUGGCAAACUUGACCCCUGUAAGGGUGAUGGACCUACCCCAAGAUGCUCCAAGCACUGCGAGGCUGGGUACAACAACACAUUUGAAAAAGACAAGCACCAUGCAAAAACCGUGUACGCUGUUGAUGGUGUGGAGAAGAUCAUGACUGAGAUCAUGACAAAUGGACCAGUAGAGGCGGCUUUCACCGUGUACGCUGACUUCCCAACAUACAAAUCAGGUGUGUAUGAGCAUAAAUCUGGUGGUCCACUUGGAGGUCAUGCCAUCAAACUUCUCGGCUGGGGUAACGAAGACGGCAAAGAUUAUUGGCUUGUUGCCAACUCAUGGAAUCCCGACUGGGGAGAUAGCGGUUUCUUCAAGAUUCUUCGAGGACGUGAUGAGUGCGGAAUUGAGUCAAACAUCGUCGCUGGAAUGAUGGAGCUAAAAUAAAUUUGUUAUUCCAUGAUAAAAAUAUUAUUUUCCAAAUAAAGUGAAGUCCAUUUUUAUAAAUAAAAGGUUGAAAAGAAAUAAAAUCGAAAUUAUCGACUUAGAUUUACAUUAUAUUUUUGUAUGUUUUUAAAAGAAGAAAAUGCUUUUCAUAUUUUUGUCUAGGAUUGUGAAAAAAAAAUGUUUUAGAUAUAUUUUUAUAAAAAGGACAAAAAACAUUGUUCUACAAAUAUUGUUGUGACAACAUUUAUUGUUCUAGUUUCAACAUAGAAGAUUUAGCUUUGUGACAUAUUUUUACUUAUAUCCAUAUACUAUAUCAUUAUAGGCAAACAUUUUUUAUAGUUUAUUUCACAAACUAUAGACUGAGAAGCGUAUCUGUGAGAUUUUUGUACAUAGUCACAAGGUCAUUAAAGUUCAAUUAGCACAACUUUCUUAAAAUUUCUACGUAAUUUUUUUUCUAGGUAAAUCACAAAUUGCUUAUAUACUGUUAAUGCUUUAAGAAAAUGCUGUAAAUGCUACUGUUCUGUUAUAUGAUUUAAUUCAAUGUAAUAUUCUGACAUGAUUUCUUUUGAAACAGUCUUACACUCCAAUAUGAUUCUUGACUUUUUAUGCAAAUCAGAUGAAGAAUAAAUUUAUUUUUAUACUACAA